AUGGCCUCUCCUCCUUUUGAAGACCAUGUGUUCUAUGUGGAAACAUUUGAUCUCAUUGAGCACUUUGCCAUCCAGUUUCAGGAUAAGCUCUGUGGUGUAGAUAUGUGCACUGAAAUGGACCAUGGAUGCCAGCACAUCUGUGUUAAUGUUCCCAGCUCCUACUACUGUCAGUGUAACCCCGGUUACAAGCUUAAUGCAGAUGGAAAGACAUGUUCUAUGAUAGACCUGUGUGCUCAAGGAGAUCAUGGGUGUGAGCAUCUGUGUGUCAGUUCUGCUGGAUCCUAUACCUGUGCCUGCAGAGAAGGGUACAAACUGAAU